AUGGCUUGCCUCUCGCCCGGUGAUGCCCGCCCCGCUCGCGUUCCAUUGGUGGAUCUGCAGCCCAUCGCGAUCGCCGCUUGCAAUCCCAAUUCAACCGGCUUGCAUUCGCACCAGCAUCCGCAGCCACCCCUUCCACUCUCGCCAGCUGGCGCCGCAAAGACGCACGUCCAACGCCCUGCAGCGGGGCUCAGCAGCGCCAAACAUCCCGACACGCCACACCGACGCGUGCCCAUCCUCCUGGUUCGGUGCCUUGGAGCUGCUCUUCCACCAUCAUCUCUGCCUCGUCCUCGAACCGCUCCGUUCCGUCCACCCAGAGACAACGUCGACGACGCGCACCCACCCCUCGUCCUCAUACGCUCGAACAGCGACCCUCAGCUUCUCUACCCUCUACCAGACCGUCGAGACAACCUCGUCUGCGCAUACAUCAUCGCUGCUAGCCCGCCCCGACGUAGCUCUCUCGACCCAGCCAAUAUGUCGCUCGUACAUCCGCAAUCACCAGCAAAGCCCUCGCCCGACUCGCCAUCCCUCCACACAGACUCCAUCUCGCGCUCCUCCUCCCCCAUCAUGUCGUCCCAGCCCGAACACGAGAACGACUCCACCAUGCUCACCACCUUCGACUCGUCCAUCACCCCGCCAGACUCGGCACAGUCGCCCGCCAGUCUGCACGACAAGCUCGCAGCCUCGGCUCCAGCCCAGCCAUCGCGCCUCGCUUCCGCAGCCUUUCCGACCACAACCACCACCAAGCCAGUCGCCAUCGGCCCCGAAUCCAGCGCCCUCCGAGCCGCAGAGCACGGCGUCAGCCCCGUCAUCAGUGCGCUUCGUUCGCCCUAUCCAGCCAGCCCGAGCUACUUUGUCACCGCCAUCCCACCACAAGACUUCCCAACCUCCUCGGAAUCCAGCAACGCAGAGCGCGACCGUCUCCAACGCGGCUCCCUUCUGCCUCUCUAUCCCACCCUCGGCGGUCAGCUCUGGGCCAUCUCGCGCGAAUUCGCCCUUCCCUCCGUCGGCGGUCUCCUGCUCUACCUCGCCGACGAUGGUCAGGGCAACCGCGGCCCCAGGAUCGGCGAUGCUGCCUGGCAGGCGCUCUGGUCUCGCUACUUUGCCGACGACGACCUCUCCUCCACAUCCGCCGCCGCCUACAAGCCUCCACCCAACUUUGCCCACAGUCGACGUUCCUCCGAAGCCGCCGCCGACUCGUUUGCCCAUCCUUCGUCGUCGUCGUCCAGCGCACACGCCGCCGACCUUUCGCGCUCCACCAUCGCCGAAGCCUCGUCCAGUCGUCCCAGCAUCCCCUACGUCUCCUAUCGUCCCUCUCCCCGCACAGACGCUCUCGGCUUUGCCCGCCGCGACAUACACACAGACUGGAGCCCAUCCGUGCGCAGCGCCGCCGCUUUCCCCGCCGGCCACCACCAAGCCAUGCCACCACCACCACCACCACCACUACCCUUUCCCAGCCUUCCCAUCGUCGCACGCAUCGAGUGGCAGGUCGACUCCGCGAAGGCGCCCUGGUGGCCAAGCUGGGUCGCUUCCCGCGCCAACCCUCGCGAGAGGCCCUCCCAUCCUACGCGAAAGAGCAUGCACCUUGCGCGCAGCCUCUCGCAGUCUCAAGAUGAUGAGCAACAAGGUGACGAGCCACAAGAUCAGUCGGACCGAGCUAUUGCCAAAGAUGUCGCGCCAAAUUCGCAACACGAGCUCGAGGCGCAAGACGAGAUAUCCGAGAUCGAGCAGCCUACGCAACACGAGACUCAGCAGCGCCCGGCCUCCACUGCAUCAAGCCACGAAGCCGCCUCCGUGCGAGAAGCGAUAGCGCACCGAGAGGCGGCGGCCGACGCUGGCGUCGAAGCCGCGCCUCUCGAGGACACAGCACCUCACGACCACCCGCUGCAGCUUUUCCAGCAGCGCUCUUCCCAAUCAUCGAUCACCGCGUCUCUGCCCGAGGAGGAGCCAGAGAUUGGCAAGGAGCUUUUAUCCGAGGUCAGGUACGAGCAACACGCACCGAUGCCCACUCUGCCUACCAGGUCCGCUUCGCCAUCCGACGAGCCUCUCCAGUCGCAACGCGCCAGCAUCCUCUCGAUGAGCUCGGGCGCAUCAGCAUCGCGCCCCGCUCUCUCCGUCUCGCGCGCGUCCAUCCAGUCCAAGCCUGUAGUACCCGCGUCCGCCUCUACGUCUUCGUCUUCCGAGCUCCAACGAGCAUCUCUCCAACAUCAGCUCACACGCGAUGCGCUCAUGCCCAGCCACCGCUCCACCUCUGGCCAGAGUCGAACUGGCUACUCCGAGAUCUUGGACGCGGCCGACGAGGCCGAGACAGAGCACGACAUCAGCUUCGGCAACGAGCCUCUGUCUCUCGCGCACGCCGGCGACUACUCGGCACUUCCGGACUCGCCUUCAUCCGCUGCCCACGAGAUCACUGCGUCGCAGCGCGGAUCCGCCUACGAGCCCAAGGGCUUCGCGCUCCGCCACAGCUUCAUCGUCGAUGCUGGCGACGAGGCCAUGUGGCAGGAUUUGCAGCAUCAUGGCAUGGACCCCAUCCUCCCCGCGCCGCGCGAACCGAGCCACGCUGCGCCAUCCUUUGAGCACGAGCAGACUCCCGCAGCUUUCGACGCCGACUCGCGCGAUUUCGAAAUGCUGCACGCAGCACCCUUCGAGGCUGUCACGGCUCAGCCGCCGCAAGUGCCGAUGCAACAAGUGCCGACUCACCACCACGACAGCAAUGCCGCCAACGACGUCUACUACAGCCCUCGACGCGACAACAUGGCUCGCAUCCAGAGCUGGAUCGGUAAGACGCCAACCGGCCGCCCCAACUCUUCCGGCGCAUUCGACGACGACUUUGCCAACGACUUCAGCCACGGCGAGAUGCAGCUCCCGCCAGAGUCCGACAUCGACGAGGUCGUCGGCCUCUGGGCCAGCAAGGUCCGCCAAGAUCCGUACGCGGUGCCUCACAUCACUGCGCCGUCGCCGUCGGUGCACGCGGACGAGGAUGCUGCCCAGGCAGUUGUCGGCCGAGGCCACGAGCCACAGUUCCACAUCCCUUCGGCCGAGGGACACGACACAGACGCCAAUCUGGAGCCAGGGCCGCCAGCCGUCUCGCUGCUCAGUCCGAUCCACCUCGAUGCGGCCGCAUUCGGCGGCGUCAAGCCUCAGUUGGGUGGCCUUACCGCAUCGCUCUCGCCGCAGCUCUUGAGUCCCACGGCGGUCGGAGACGCCUUCAACACACCGCGCGCUCCACCUUCGCCGCGCUCAGUCUCGACGCCCAUUUUCCAGCAUCACCCGCCUUCGUCACCCGGCUCGCUGGCGCUACCGCAGGACCGCCGCCCGAGCAGCGUCAGCCGUCGCAGCUCGGGCGAUUUGAGCGACAGCCUCGAAGACAUGCAGAAGGCGCUCGAGCUGCUCAGCCCCGGAUGCUCGCCCAACCCUGGCCACGGCCACAGCCCCGAUCCUGCCGGUCGCAAGAUGUCUAGCAGAGACAGCCUCGCGUACGCCCGCAGCCUCUCGGCCUCGGUCACGCCGAGCCCCAAGUGGAUCGCGCGCGCCAAGGCUGCCACUGCCAAGAGUCGCAGCAACGCCAGAAGCCCAUUCGACCGCGCACCGGUCUCGCCGCGUCCCGCCAGCACCUCGGCCGUGUCCGCGUCGCGAUUCCAGUCGCCGCGCAUCGGCAUGCACGCGCCGCUCAGCGCUUCCCGCUUGGUCGAGUUCAGCAAGGCGGACGCCAUGCCCCGCCUCGCAAGGACCGAGGUGGCGGAUACAGAGUCGAUGCGCUCCCGCGACAGCAAUCCAGAGGCAGCAGCCGUGGCGCCGUCCGCUGGCGCCGAGGAGACGCUCACGGGGACCGAGGACAUGGCUGAAAGCAAGCCCGUGGCCGCGCGCAGCGUGGAGCCUGAGGUAGCGCAGGAGCACGCCGAUGCAGCACAGGAGCAAACCGAGCCGAUCCAGGCCGGCACGCCCAAGGCUAGCAACCAAACUGUCGAAGAUGGCGAGUCCUCGGCCACAGAAGCAGCGGGAGCAGUAGCGACAGCAGCAGCACCAGCCUCGGCCGUCGUGGCUGAACGAGCCAUCGAUGCGCCUGAAGAGGGGUCAGUUGCUGCACCCGACCAUGACGGAGACGACACCACCGAGCUUGCGGCUUUUCUCGGAGACGACCACGACGACGGCAUCGCCUCGAUCCAGCGCUUCCUGCGCGGCAAGGUCGUGUCAGCGGCCGAGUCCGAGGCGUCCAUCACUCAGGAUCUUACCGUGUCUGGCGUGGAGCAGCCGCAGACGUCCAGCGCAGACGGCACCAUCAUCGAACGAAGCGUCAGUAUCGACAGCGACAUGAACUCGGUGCCGCAGCCGUCUGCACCUUCGGAGCAUGCGGACGCCGCCGACGUGACCGACAAGCAGCACGAGCAUGACGAACAUGCCGAGAUUCAGGCGACGCAAGAUGACGCCGCCUCGAACGAGCGCUGGAGCCAGGUCUCGUACGCCACGGGCAAGCACACUUCGCAGUUCCCGUCGCGCCUCUCGCUGCCCUCGGCCAGCUCGAGGCGUGACGAGCACCCCGAUGCACGCACGCCCAACUUUACGUACGACGCGCUUCUGAGCUCCGAGCCCACCACGGCGGACACGCUGCUGAGCAGCACCAGUCGAGAUGACGAGCGUCUGUCAGCAGCCAGCGAUGUGGUCAAGGCGUACCUGUCCAGCUCGCCAUCAGAUGAGGCGUUUUUCAAGUCGCCUGGCCCGUCGAAGCUUGAAUCCGCGGAUGGACCUAGACUUGGCCAAGGGGCAGCCUCUGCGCUUCCUCAGCCGAUGUGGCAGCAGGACUCCGCAGCUAGAGACGCCGCCUGGCCGCACAUCGACCGGGUGCCCGAGGUGAAGGACGAGACGAGCCAGGGAGGUGGUGUGCCGGUGCUUGCGUACCGCCUGGCGUCGUCGCCGGUGCACGCCAGUCCGUUUGGGAUCAACCGGCCGCUGGCUGGCACGCACGACUACAGUCUGGACGAGGAGGAGAUCCGGACGAUGAACGAGGACACGCGUGCGGCGGUGCGCGAGGCGCUGUCGCAAUCGACGUCGCACCAUGUCAACCUGCCAGCGUCUGUUUCUGCGCCGCUGUCGCCCAAGAGCUCGACGUCGCCGACGCUGUCGAGCCACUCGUCGCUGGGCGACCAGUUCCGGCGACGCGGAUCGACGUCGAGCCUCAACCUCACGUCGGCAGGUGCGGGCAGUGGCAGCAACACGUCGUCGCCCAACCUGGGUGGCACUACCAAGCGGCGUCCGGCGCGGCUCACUUUGGACAUUGACGGGCUUGCGAGGUCUCCGCCCGCGGCGGCGUCGCGCAGGUUGCCGUCGACGUCGCCGCGCUCGCGCUUUGGACAGCUGCCGCCGUCGCCGUCGCUGCAUCCGAGCUACAAAGCGGCGACGUCGAGCCCGCUCUCGACGUCGUUCCCCAUCAUGGGCGCGCAUCUGGGCAGCCCACAGGGAAAGCACUUUCUCCCCUCGCUCCCCAGCGUCACCUCGAUCGAGGCCGAGCUGGCUGGCUAA